UGAGUCACGUAUCGGGCAGCUCUAUGAGCAAAAGAUCACCCCCCACACACUUCAGCCGCACACUACUUGGGGUGCUAUAAAGACCAAGGCUGAGCCCGUGUUCCGACAGCCUUGUUUAGAUUCUCUCCAAUAUAUCUAUCACAGAAUGAGCCGACAAUUGCCUAAUCGUGUCCUUGAGACAGCCCAGCCGCUAAGCAGCGAGCCUGGGACAGUGCUGUUGGAGACAGAACGCCUGAUCCUACGACGUUGGCAGCGAGGCGAUGAGCCGCACAUUCCCAACGUUGCAAAUUACAGAGAAAUCUUUCGAAAUUUACGAGACCGAUUUCCCUCGCCUUACACGCCCGAGGAAGCUGAGAUGUUCAUUUCUCGACGCUGUGAGCCGGCCAACUGGACCGAGUAUCCUACACAUGUGGCCAUUUUUGUCAAGCCCAACGCGGCUGGGAACCAAAGCGCAGAGCCUAUGCUUAUUGGAGCUGUAGGCACAGCAGCCGGAAGUGAUGUCGAAUACCGCUCUUGGGAGCUGGGAUAUUGGUUUGCUCCAUGGGCCUGGGGUAACGGCUAUGCGACGGAGAUGGUCAAGGCCUUUGUUCCGUGGGUGUUUGCAACUUGGCCAAAGCUCAACCGGCUAUUCGCUACUAUUUACCACACCAAUCCCGCCAGUAUACGAGUUCUGGAAAAGACCAAGUUUGUAAAUGAGGGGAUCAUGAGGGGCUGCUAUGAGAAAGAGGGUGUCCUGGUUGAUGCGGUAUUGCUUAGUGUCAUCCGGAGUGACUUGGAAAAGAAUUGAGAAAUUCAAUUGCAUCACAAAUGGCUUUAUAUAGAUACAAAAGAAUUUAUACUAUUAUU